UCUGAAUGCUUAUUCACUGUUUCCAGCAAUACACACAGACUCGACAAAAUAAGACCGGGGCAGACCGCAAAGCAGUCAUGGGCCAUGACAAGGACGGUGAGCCACGCUUCUCCCCUGCUCGAAAUCCAUGGAGUCUGGCCGAGACAUUGGACUCUAUGGCAGCUCUAUUGAUAUCGAAACCAUGCAAGAGAGAAUAUCACUCGCCGUUCGGGCACACGAAAUACCUGGGAAUAUUGAGAUCUUCUUAUCAGGAAACGAACCAGCCGGUACGAGUACAAUAGAACGGCUAGCAAAGGUUUGGAAGGACCUUGGCCAUCUUUCAGCUGGCUUUUUUCGCCCACGGUUGCUGAAGAAGUUCAAACCGACAUCGCACUGCCAUCUUCCAAAGCGUAUGACCAGUAAAGUGGAAGAGUUCAGACUUGACGCUCUUAAAUGGUCGUUCACCAAAAUCCAAAAGCGCGUGCAGUCACCACAACACCAAUUUCUGAUAGACACAAAGGUCCCGAACGAGAAGCAACCGUUAGCUAAAGUCCAAAAAGCCGUUAUGGAGCUACAGCCCUUUUUCACAGGCAAAGAGGCAGAGUGUGAAAACCCACCGGAUAACGAUGAUAGCUAUUGGUGGCGUAUUUGGAAGCUUCUCGCUACUAUCAGAAGUGCGUACAAGAAACUGAUAUUUCCCAAGGAUGACGAAGCAAAACCACCGCUUGAUCGCGAUACCGAGAGGUAUAUCCGAAAAGCUAACAAUCUUUUGCAUCACUUAAAGGUGGUGUUGAGGGCAGCAACCUCAACAAAUUUGGCACACCUAUUUCAAUUCGAUAUCCGCAUCACUGUGGUGGACGAUGGUCGGCACACAAUUUUCCGAGGCCCAGAUUCGGCAUGGGCAUGGGCAUGGGUAUGGGCAUGGGUCUUUGAACACGCUGUACGAUGCUACAACGAAAAAAUGGGGAAAUGUCGCGAGUGGCUGUCUCUGGUUGACGGGUGGGAAGACAGCAUUAAGGCGUUGGCAGAGCAGCGUAUUGAUCACGAGGAAUUGACGGUGCAUCCGGAGUUGAAGAUGUUACUCCAUUGUGCGAAAGAGAAUGGCAACGGAGCUCAUAUCUUCACAUACAUUGCCACGUCAAAACCGUCGUGCCUGCCAUGUAUGAGCUUCUUUCAGGGUUUCAACUUCCCCUUCGGGAGCCAAUUUGUCGUCUACGGCUCGGAUUGGAAAAUACACUGGUCCUGGAGAUUUCCACCCGACUGUCCCAAUGGCGAGGCCGUCCUGGGGCAUAUCUAGCAAGAGCUCAUAGCGAGGUGGGUGAAGCGUAACGGAGGCGUUCCGUGUGGACAGGCGGCUUGCAAGUCAGCUUACCUGACAGCCAAGGGCAAGUGGGCGCACGACUCUGUUUAGCAUCGAUAACAACGAUAUUAAUCAAAGCAGUUAGCAAGUCAUGGGCAAUACUAAGCAAGUAAAGUGUAAUGCAGGCGGAUGGAUGCUAGUCAUGCAGGCAGCAGCAGCUGAUGCCAGGCCAGGACCAGGUCACGUUCGCGCACUAGCCCGAGCGGCACUAGCGGGCAGCCUCAAAACC